CUGUCUCAGUUUGCAUCAUUCCCACAGGAGGCAGUGGAGCCGAGCAGUUGAAUGGCAUCAAAUGAAACACGGGAGUUUACAGCGAGUCCUUUUGAGUUUUGCGCGUAGCUUGGCUUCCGAGCCAGGAGACAGUACGUUUUAUUGAAAAUCAUGGAAGAAAAAUCGAAUUCGUUUUCCAGCAACAAAGAAGUGGAAAAAGCAGAUGGGAAUAAUAUAUUUCAGAGGCAAGACUCGAUACAGAAGAAGAAUAUGGGGAGCCAGAACAUGAAAUCAGGGGACCACCCGAAGUCGGUGGGCUUCAAGGGUGACCAGGAGGAAGCCUUGGUCGGGUUCGACGAUCUAGACGGGUCCGGGAACCGACACGGCUUUAUGCAGAGGCAAUUUGGAGCGAUGAUGCAGCCUGGCGUCAAUAAGUUCUCCCUGCGAAUGUUCGGCAGUCAGAAAGCCGUUGAGAAAGAGCAAGAAAGGGUCAAAACUGCGGGAUACUGGAUCAUUCACCCCUAUAGCGAUUUUAGGUUCUACUGGGACUUGGUAAUGCUGGUCAUGAUGAUGGGGAACCUGAUCAUCAUUCCUGUAGGAAUAACCUUCUUCUCGGAGCAGACCACCACCACCUGGCUAAUAUUCAACGUGGCAUCAGACACAAUCUUCCUCGUGGAUCUGGUCAUGAACUUUCGCACUGGAAUCGUCAACGAGGAGAGCUCCGAGAUCAUCCUGGACCCCAAGGUCAUCAAGAUGAACUACCUGAAGAGCUGGUUUGUGGUCGACUUCCUCUCGUCCAUACCAGUGGAUUAUAUAUUUCUAAUAGUGGAAAAGGGGUUUGACUCAGAGGUGUACAAGACGGCGAGGGCGCUGAGGAUCGUUAGGUUUACUAAGAUUCUGUCUCUUCUGAGGCUGCUGAGACUUUCCCGACUCAUCAGAUACAUACAUCAGUGGGAAGAGAUCUUCCAUAUGACCUACGACCUGGCCAGUGCUGUGGUAAGAAUAUUUAAUCUGAUAGGGAUGAUGCUACUGCUCUGCCACUGGGAUGGUUGUCUACAGUUCCUGGUUCCCCUCCUACAAGAUUUCCCCCAAGAUUGCUGGGUGUCGCUAAAUGGUAUGGUUAAUGACUCGUGGGGUAAGCAGUACUCGUACGCUCUCUUUAAGGCCAUGAGCCACAUGCUGUGUAUCGGGUAUGGCGCCCGGGCGCCCGUCAGCAUGUCCGACCUGUGGAUCACCAUGCUCAGUAUGAUUGUGGGCGCCACCUGCUACGCCAUGUUCGUCGGCCACGCCACCGCUCUCAUCCAAUCACUGGACUCGUCCCGCAGGCAGUACCAAGAGAAGUACAAACAAGUGGAGCAGUACAUGUCAUUCCACAAGCUACCUGCAGACAUGCGGCAGAAGAUCCAUGAUUACUAUGAGCAUCGCUAUCAAGGCAAGAUCUUUGACGAGGACAAUAUCCUGAGUGAGCUCAACGACCCUCUCAAAGAGGAAAUUGUGAACUUCAACUGCCGGAAGCUUGUGGCUACCAUGCCACUGUUCGCCAACGCAGACCCCAACUUCGUGACGGGCAUGUUGAGCAAGCUGAAGUUCGAGGUGUUCCAACCCAACGAUUACAUCAUCAGAGAAGGCACCGUGGGCAAGAAGAUGUACUUCAUCCAACAUGGUGUGGCCAGUGUUAUCACCAAGCUCAACAAAGAGAUGAAGCUGACUGACGGCUCCUACUUUGGAGAGAUUUGUCUGCUGACGAAGGGGAGACGCACGGCCAGCGUUCGUGCCGACACUUACUGCCGUCUCUUCUCCCUCUCUGUGGAUCACUUCAACGAGGUGUUGGAGGAGUACCCCAUGAUGCGCCGUGCCUUCGAGACUGUAGCCAUCGACCGCCUGGACCGCAUCGGAAAGAAGAACAGCCUACUCCUCCAGAAGUUCCAGAAGGAUCUGAACGCUGGGGUAUUCAACACACAGGAGAACGAGAUAUUGAGGCACAUAAUCCAUCAGGACAGGGAGAUGGUGAUGAUGGUGGACCGCAAGCAGUCGGUCACAGGGAUGUCGGUCACCGGAAUGAACUCCACCCCGAUAUCUGGAAAUUCCAUGAUUAACUCUCCUGCUCAGCAGCCCUACACCACUGCCCUGGGCACCAACCAGUUUCAGCAGUCAUCCUCCCAUUUAACAUACAGUGCUUCGGGCGUCAUUGCUCCCUCUGCCGCAGCCACCGCCCGCAUCCUGCCAGCCUCAACGCAGGGUGUCUACCCUGUCCCCAGUGUCUCCCACAGCAGCCUGAACUCAUCCUCGCCUGUCCCCCAGAUCCCCCUCUCUCUCCAGCAGCAAGGAGCUAUCAUGUCCCCAGUAUCCUGCAACACGGCUGUGUGCAGUCCACCUGUGCAGACCCCUGGGCUGGCGGGACGCAGCUUCCAGUAUGGCUCGCCCACCGCCUCCCAGCUCUCCCUUUUCCAGCAGCCGCUGCCUACUGCCCUACCACCCCAACAACCACUACCACAGCAACCACAACAGCUGCCCCAGCAAACAGGAGGAGCUGCAGCCUCCUUGGCAACACAACAACCACAGCAGCAGCAGCAGCAGCCAACACAGCAGCAAGUCCCUUCACCUCAGAGGAGUGACAUUCUCCACAAGGGCAGCCAUACUCUCGAGUCUGGAAGCCUGAGUCAAGAUGUACGCCACCUAUCUGCCUCCCAACCCUCACUGCCCCAUGACACAUCCCUGGGGCCCAGAGCGCACCCUGGAGCGUCCGGGGACUUCCUGUCCUCCAUCGCCCUGCCGGUGGCUGCGGUCCAGGGGCCAGGUAUGCAGAGCGGUCUCCACACCACAGUGCCCCAGAGGGUCAACCUGUUCCGCCAGAUGUCAUCGGGAGCAUUUCCCCCGGUGAGAGAGGCGUCCUCUACAGCCCAGCACAGGGAUUCCACAGGUUCUAGAAAAGAUUCUAGAAGAGAUUCUAACUUAAGUAGUACAGAGACCGACCAAGAUAAGAUGCGGUACGCAUCAAAUUUAUGAUCCCAUUUGACUUUUUUAAACUUCUGUUUGAAUUCACUUUUAAUGGAGAUACAAGAAAAGAUAGACGAAUUUCUUCAGAAAAAAUAACCUCAUAGAAUUCCUGUACAGACUACCCUUGUAUUAUAUUUUAGACACAUUUUCUUCCUAAACUUAAGAAUGUAUAUUAAACAAAUAUAUAUCAAUAUUUGUAAAUCCAACUAGAAUAUUUGGCAAAGACUAUUUAAAAGCUCUAGUAUAUAAAACAUGAGUAUUUCUUUCCGAAAAAUAUAAAUAUACAAUGUAUGGAUAUUUUUUUUUGGGGGGGGGUGUUUUUGUUUGUUUGUUCUUUUCUGUUUUUGUAAACUGGAAUGCGUCGUGAUGAAUCGUGAUUAUUUAUAUUUUUUGUUUUGUACCUGCGAAAAGAGGAACAAAUAUCAUCUCAUACAACGCAGCUUUGUCACCACUGUGGAAUAACUGACGCAACCUUGAAACUGUCAAAAAGCACACACUCAAACAUAAAUCAGAUAACAAAUUAGUGGAACCUUUAUCUCAUCUUAGCAAUCAAACACUAGUACAGUAGCUAGGUGUUCCAUUGCUCUCAACAAUACAUCCUCUUGAGCCACAAUAUCUUCCUACAGCGGUUCGGGUCCAAAGGUAAUGAAAUAAAUAUAAUUGCUGCUUUUAUUUUUAUUUUUGGAAAGAAGGAUGUUGUGUGGCGAUGGAUGGAUGAUUCUGUUUUUUCUAUUCCUAAUUUCAGACAGUGAUAGACGUUAUGUAAUGUUGCUUAAAAAAACGGUGUACAUUUAUAAUAGACUGUGAUAUGAAGAUUAUCUAUAUGUGUGUUGUAAAUAGUUUUAUAGAUCUAGUAUUUGCAGAUACUGUGUGGUGCACUCUCAAUCAUAACAGUAUCUUACUUCUUUCAGGGACCUGGAUACAUAUGUUCAUUCGAGAUAAGAAAACCUUAAUGCAAUAGCUAGCACUACUUGAUACUGAGAAAUGCCUGUUCUGAAGUCAAACUGAGAAUCCUUAUUUGUCUGUAUAGUAUUUAUGUCCUUGUUUCAUAAUUCAUUAAAACAAUUAUUAGGGAUAGGCGUCCCGUCAACGGGACAGUUGUAAAUCAUGCAGCACCUUGUGUCACGAUCGCAGACUUGAGAGAAACAACAAAUGUUGGUACAUAUACGUGUCUUAUAUCGGCUGAAAGCUUAAAUUCUUGUUAAUAUAACUGCACUGUCCAAUUUACAGUAGCUAUUACUGUGAAAAAAUGCCAUGCUAUUGUUUGAGGAGAGCUCCUAACAACAAAACACUUUUCACCACGAUAGGUUUGAUAUAUUCACCUCUGAAGGUGACAUGUGUACUUACAUUCUGAAAUCUUGCUCUGAUUUAUCAUCCAAAGGUUCCCAGAGAUAACAUGUCCUUUUGUUAGAUAAAAUCGUUUUUCAUAUCCUAAAAAAAUAUCCUAGCAUUUCCACACAUUCAAGUUGCAAAGCAGGAAUCUGUGAAAAUCUAACACUAAACGUUGUUUCAACCAGUAGAAUCACGUUCGUAUUUAUUCCGCAGAGAUCCUAGAACGUAACCAGACUUCACUAUAUAAUUCAGAGUGUAGUAUAUCCUAUAGGACACCAAAUUUGGUCAGAGAGCGACGCCUUCAUGGCAUGCCUAUGACGCGGGCACUCUUCACUUAAUUGACUAUAACUUUGUCAAAUAAGCACCAAUCAGGGUCAAACAAAGCUAGCUAGAUAGCCAAUGUGCCACGGGAGUAUGCGGAAACCUCGUAUCUGUCACAAAAUGUUGCUGCUAUCCUUGUGCAGAAAAAUGUAAUGUAAAUGCCUCCUACACGAUUUGCCCAAAUGUACCUGGGUGACUUCACACUAAAUGUCAUGUAGUUCACUCAUACUUCAAGUUAUCCGUCUGAAACUUUGCACAUACACUGCCGCCAUCGUGUGGACACCAUCGGACACCAAUCAGAGCGAUGGCUAGAUUUCCGACCUUUUUGUUGUAUUUCAAAGAUGGUGGAAGUAAAAAAUAAAUGGUUGUUUUUUUCUCUGUA